GCUCGCACGUUCGUUUAUUCUGUGAGCCAGGCCCGUUUCGCUCGUUCGUCUAGGUCAUCGCAUACGACCUGGUAGGGCACAAUGCUCCUGACGAAGCUGAUACAGGGCUUUGGAGCCCUGUCCGUCGCUCAUCUUGCCUUUGCUGUGGAGGAACCGCUGUAUCGGAGGACGAACGAGACAGGGAAUACAGAAGAAGGGAACCAGGUCGACUACAAUGGCAACCAUUACACACCAGAAUGCUCCAAGACGAAGACGGUUACCCACAUCGAAACAAAGACGACCACUUGCUUUGAGACCCGAGACCCAGCCGGCCUCGACAGUCACGGUCACGGUCACGGACUAUGCUACCGCUACCGCUACGGCAACGGUCACCGACCUGGAGACCGUGAGCUGGCUUACCACGCAAACAAACGAGGUCACGGCCACAGCAACCGUUACCGAAGAGACGACCGAGUUCAUCACUACGACGCAGAUCUCGACCUACACGACGUCCUACCCGGUCACCGAGACCACAACGGUCUGCAAUGGGUAUGGUUGGGCAUGCGAGGUUAGCACGACGACCAAAUGGCGGACGACAACGACAACAGAGACCAUCAGGACGACAAUCCCGACCACCAUUGUCAAGCCCACCACCAUCAUUAAGCCUACCACCAAGACCAACAGCGUCACUGUGGUCAAGACCACCACGGCGACCAAGACGCAUACUACAACUUACACCACGAGUUUCAGUUAUCCGGUCACGGUCACCUCGGGGACGACAGAAUGGAGCAUCUCCACUCAGACAGUCAUCUCGACAUAUAUCACCACUUUUGUCACGACUGUUCCGACGACGGUCCCAACGACCCUCACGGUGCCAACAACUGUGACUAACACCAUUGUGACCACUGACGUCGUGCCGACAACAUUGACAGACACCACGACCUUGACCAAGACGUCGACAUUGGUCACGUCGUAUCCAGUUACGGUAAUCGACAGCACGACAAUCUACACGACGGAGACAUCUGUGGUGACAACGACCACCGUCUCCACCUACACCACUGUGAGCACCUACACGACGACCCGGGAGCUCACAGACACCGUCACGGACACGCUCACGGUGCCAAUUACCCAGACGGUGCCGACGACUCUGACAAACACUAUCGUGACGACUGAACUUGUGCCAACUACAUUGACAGACAGCACGACAAUAACCCGCGUCUCGACGUUUACCACGUCGUACCCGGUUACCGUAACUGAUAGCACGACGAUCUACACAACCCAGACGUCCGUGGUGACCGCGACGACCGUCUCUACGUACACCACGGUGAGCACCUACACGACGACCCGGGAGCUCACAGAUACCAUCACGAACACAGUCACGCAGGUCACCACGCUACCUGCCUCUACUCUCACUGAAGUUAUUACCACGGUCCUCCCCCCGACCACCGUCACUACCACCAGGGAUGGAGAAGUGAUCACGUCGAUCAUCCCCGGGCCCACGGUUACGACAACGACCACUGCCACCCUGCCCCCGGUCACUGUCACGCUGCCCGGGACAACAGUGAUCCGCGAUGUGACGACUUGCCCUGCCCCAACGAAUACGGCUCCGGCGGUCCGGCAGACGAAACCGGACCAGCUCUGGGGUUGUGACCCAGGACUCGUCUGCAAUCCGCCAAAGCCUCCUGGCUGCAACCUGUGGGCCGAGGCGCCGAGUGACGACUAUGUGUGCGAGCCACAGUACUGCAUCCCAGCCCCGUAUUACCCGUGGGUGCAAUGGCCGGAGAACGAGACGGGCUACUACCCCCCGACCGAAGGGUAUUUCAACCUCAAUCCCAAUGCAUUCGGCCUGAGCUACGACAUCUUUGAGAUGGACGUGAUUGUCACGAAGAUUCACGGCCAUAAGACGACCAUCACGACGGGCAACUGGGCCUCGCAGACCGACCUUACACAUUGGUCGGCCGAGCCCACCUCCACGACGACGACGGUAGCAGCGAAUAAGUACUACGCGCGUGGGGGUUCUAGUCACCGUCUUUCGAAGCGCGACGCGACCAUCAUUCCCCCGCUCUGCUAUGCCAUCUGCAACAAUAUGAACAUUGAAGCCCAGCGGGUGGGCCUGAGGAGCAGUUUGUGCGAACCCGACUCCGUCUUCAUGGUUGCUUCUUCGAACCUCAAGAAGUGUAUAGCAGCCAACAGUGCCGACGUCAUGACAACGUGGCGCACCGUGCGGGAUGUGUUUCACGAGGACGUCUUGGAAUUCUGCGACAUCCAGCCACCCGAACAGCCGACGUCCAGCACAGGGCUUCCGCCGCAGUCACAGGUGACCGAGACGCCGACAAUCCAGACGAGCACACAGGCGCCGCCGAAUACGAACACUGAACCGGUGCCGAUUACCAGCACGCCCACCACCUCGACGACAAAGACCAGUGAGCAACCCGCCCCGUCGACAUCUACUGAGACGCCUUCUUCGACCACGUCACCCUCAAGCUCGACACAGCCGACGUCGACUUCCUCGACCUCCCCGACCUCCUCCGAGUCAUCGUCGGUCUCGUCCACAUCCACGUUGGCAGAAUCGUCUUCGAGCCCGUCUUCUACUACGCAGGGAGAAGAGAUCUCGUCGUCUCUAACGAGCGAGGUUCCGCCACCGUCUUCUGGACCAACAAUCACGACUGGCCCGACGACGACGGCGGUGGGCGGUGGUGUCGGUGGUGGCAACUCGACCACCACCCUCACCACCUCAUCCUCGGGCCGCCCGCCAACCACAUCCAUUGCCACCGCCGCUGCGGGCAGGGUUAUGCCGCGGGGCGCGGGCGCCGGUAAUUUGUUGGCGUCGUUCUUCGCUGCGCUGUUUUUCAUCUAGUGCGGUCGUCCCUUUUCCUUGAGGGGUGGCUGAGAGCAGCGUGUUUGCUCCAUUCUUCACUUCUAAUGCUUAAUUUUGGCUUGGUCGGAGGGAGAAAAUAAAAAGAAACAUGGUUUAACUAAUGGUUGUUGUUAUGGACG